GUGGUGGGAGCACACGUUGGAUGGAGCACGUCAGCGAGCCCGGCCCCAUCGGCCCUCCCCCGGGCGGGGCCAGUCCCCCCACUGCGCUGACUCAGCAACGCGAGGGGGGAGUUUUGUCCCUCCGCGGACCCCGUUUCUCCUGGCCUCAGCCCCUCGCUGCCACCCGACCGGUUUUUAUCUUUCCGGCGCUGCGCUCUGGGCGUGAGAGUCUAUAGGGCCGCCCGGGGAGCAGCGAGCGCGGUGCUACCCCACUGAUUUCCCGAGGACCCCGGAAACUACCGUGCCCCCUCCACCCGCAUCGAGCAGCCUGGGCGCCAUGAACAGCGCGGGACUGAAUUCCGAGAAGGUCGCUGCUCUGAUUCAGAAACUCAACUCCGACCCUCAGUUCGAGCUCGCCCAGAAUGUGGGGACCACCCACGACCUGCUGGACAUCUGCUUGAAGCGGGCCACGGUGCAGGGUGCCCAGCAUGUGUUCCAGCACGUCGUCCCUCAGGAGGGCAAGCCCGUCACCAACCAGAAGAGCUCAGGGCGAUGCUGGAUCUUUUCUUGUCUGAAUGUUAUGAGACUUCCUUUCAUGAAAAAAUUAAAUAUUGAAGAAUUUGAGUUUAGUCAAUCUUACCUUUUUUUCUGGGACAAGGUUGAACGCUGUUAUUUCUUCUUAAAUGCAUUUGUGGACACAGCCCAGAAGAAGGAGCCUGAGGAUGGCAGGCUUGUGCAGUUUUUGCUUAUGAACCCUGCAAAUGAUGGUGGACAAUGGGAUAUGCUUGUCAAUAUUGUUGAAAAAUAUGGUGUUGUCCCUAAGAAGUGCUUCCCUGAAUCUUAUACAACAGAAGCAACUAGAAGAAUGAAUGAUAUUCUGAAUCACAAGAUGAGAGAAUUCUGUAUACGACUACGAAACCUGGUACACAGUGGAGCCACCAAAGGUGAAAUCUCAUCCACACAGGAUGGCAUGAUGGAGGAGAUAUUUCGAGUGGUGUGCAUCUGUUUGGGAAAUCCACCAGAGACAUUCACCUGGGAGUAUCGAGACAAAGAUAAAAAUUAUCAGAAGAUUGGCCCUAUCACUCCCUUGGAGUUUUACAGGAAACAUGUCAAGCCACUCUUUAAUAUGGAAGAUAAGAUUUGUUUAGUGAAUGACCCUCGGCCACAACACAAGUACAACAAGCUUUACACAGUGGAAUACUUAAGCAAUAUGGUAGGAGGGAGAAAAACUCUUUAUAACAACCAGUCUAUUGACUUCUUGAAAAAGAUGGUUGCUGCCUCCAUCAAAGAUGGAGAGGCUGUAUGGUUUGGCUGUGAUGUUGGGAAACAUUUCAAUGGCAAGCUGGGCCUCAGUGACAUGAAUGUCUAUGACCAUGAGUUAGUGUUUGGUGUCUCCUUGAAGAACAUGAAUAAAGCUGAAAGGUUGAGUUUUGGUGAGUCACUUAUGACCCACGCCAUGACCUUCACUGCUUUCUCAGAGAAGGAUGAUCAGGAAGGUGCAUUUGAGAAGUGGAGAGUAGAGAACUCAUGGGGUGAAGACCAUGGCCACAAAGGUUACCUGUGCAUGACAGAUGAGUGGUUCUCUGAAUAUGUCUAUGAAGUGGUGGUGGACAGGAAGCAUGUCCCUGAAGAGGUGCUGGCUGUGUUGGAGCAAGAGCCUAUUGUCCUGCCAGCCUGGGACCCCAUGGGUGCUUUGGCUGAGUGAUCUUGCCUCCUACAAAGAACAGAUCUAGGGACUGAUGCCAAAGUUACACAGGUGACUGUGUGUUCCCACAGAACACAGUCCAAAUCUUGGAUUUUUCCUCCUGAGACCUCUUUGGGGAAGUGUGCUUUAUGCUGAAACAAAAGAUUCUUAAAGGAAUAUGAAAGGGAAAGACCAGGUCAAACUAUCUACUCUCCUCAUCUCCAACAGCUCAGGAUCUCUUAGCAUUUUAAUCAGAUGUUGUUGUUUAUCUUAACUUUGUCAACGAGACUUGGUUUUAUAUCUGUUUUAAUAAAACAGAAGAGGAUGAGCAACUGAGGUGUGUGGAGAAAAUAUGGACCUACUGCUCCUUGUUCCUAGAGUAGAGGGGGGGAGGGUUAGCCUAACUUUGAGCUCUCACAACUGCAUGCUGCCUGACAGUAUCCUUCCUAGAUGGCAGUCACUGAAUUCACUUCUUUCAAGGUAAUUUCAUGUGCCUCUGAUAGCCCAGGAAUAGGAGGUUGAUCAAAUCUGCCAUGAUUCCUUUCUACUGUUCUGACUGUGUGUGUACGUGUGUGCGUAGGGGUGGGGUGUAGCAGUACUUGAGUCAGGGUUAAAUUGAGGCUUAGAGAAAGUUGAAUGAGAGAACAACGAAAACCUUAUCAUGAAUAGAAUUGUGAUCAUUGGGGGUGGGGAAGAGUGGGGCAGCUCUAACCAAAUGCCUCUGGAAUACGGGAGUUGGGUGGGUAGGAAAAGGUGAUACCCAUUCUUUCUGACAAAUAGAUGGUGCUGAGAAGCUUUUGAAUAAAACACUUUGCUAAAUGAGAGUAAACUG